AUGAGCUCUUCUGAUCAAGGUAACAAAGUACAUCAAAUAAUACCUUACGCUGAACAUCCAUCAUCAUCUCAAUCGCAUAGUCUUUCGUCGUCCCUAACAAUCCAAGAGCAAUGCGAGUUCCAACAAGCACCUUUAAUUAGCUCUACUUCCAAUCUAACUCCCAGCUGUCUUUCAAGUCAUUCUCAAAUGGCCAAAGACCCCUUUAACAACAGAACGAAUGACAUUCCUCGAAAUGUGACCAAGGACACUAAUCUUCCCUAUAAGCAGACUAAAGGAAAGUAUUCAAUACAUGAUUUCAAAGUUAUUCGAACUUUAGGCACUGGAUUUUUUGGGCGUGUACAUUUGGUUCGGUCAAACCAUAAUGGACGAUAUUAUGCUAUGAAGGUGUUCCGCAAGCGGAAAAUAGUCAAAUCAAAGCAAAUCGAGCACACCAAUGACGAGAGGAGAAUUUUGUCCGUGUUGCAACAUCCAUUCAUCACAAGAAUGUGGGGGACUUUCCAAGAUACAAAAUCCAUAUUUAUGGUAAUGGACUACAUUGAAGGUGGAGAGCUGUUUUCAUUGUUGAGGAAAUCAAAAGUUUUCCCUAAUCAAGUGGCCAAAUUUUAUGCCGCAGAGGUCCUGCUCGCUCUCGAAUAUCUACAUUCUAAAAAUAUUGUCUAUCGAGACCUCAAACCCGAAAAUAUACUACUGACAAGAACAGGACACAUAAAACUAACCGAUUUUGGUUUUGCCAAAGAAGUUGAAACGACGACAUAUACUUUGUGUGGUACACCUGAUUACAUCGCCCCGGAAGUAAUUGCGGUCCAACCGUACAACAAAGCAGUCGAUUGGUGGUCUUUUGGCAUUCUCAUCUAUGAGAUGUUAGUGGGCACGACCCCCUUCUAUGACACAUCUCCCAUAAAAAUUUAUGAGAAAAUAAGCAAGUGUGAGUAUGAGAUUCCCCCAUUCAUUGACAUAGAUGCAAGGUCUCUUAUAAGAGGUUUAAUAAUGAAGGAUGUCACUUUCAGGCUAGGCAAUCUUCGCCACGGAGUUGAAGAUAUCAAAAAUCAUCCAUGGUUUCAGGAAGUCGUGUGGGAAAAUCUUUUGAGUGGGAAUAUUGAAACACCCUAUGAACCUAAUAUUCCGAAUGGAGUGGGUGACAGCUCUCAGUUCGAAGUGUAUCCCGAAGAAGAGUAUGAUUAUGGAAAUAACAGCUCCCCAGAUGAGUAUGGGUACUUGUUCCCGGAGUUUUGA